GGAUCUUUAACAGCGCACGCUGCUGGGUCUCUCUGCCUCAGCCCACCCAACACACACACACACACACACACAUACACACACACAUCCUGACACAUGGAGUACUGCUGCUUCCUGCUGCUCUGGAUCGGGAGCCAGCUGCCAGGGCUCCAUGACGGUUUUACCAUUGACACCAAGAACCCCAGGAUCAUCAAAGGUUCUAAACAGGCACAAUUUGGAUAUACAGUUCAGCAGCAUUUUGCUGGGGGGCAGAAGUGGUUAUUGGUGGGUGCCCCCUAUGAAACCAAUGGUCCACACCAGACAGGGGAUGUUUACAAAUGCCCACUGGGUAAACGCACCAACAGCAGCGGCUGCACCAAACUCAACCUAGGAAGGAUAUCUCUGACUAAUGUUGCUGAACGAAAGGACAAAAUGAGACUGGGAAUGACUCUCACAUCAAAUCCUAAAGACAACAGUUUUGUGGCCUGUGGACCUCUGUGGUCCUAUGAAUGUGGUAGCUCAUACUACAGCACUGGCAUAUGCUCCAGAGUCAACUCUAGCUUCAAGUUCUCACGGACUAUUUCUCCUGCAUUUCAGAGGUGUGAAACCUUCAUGGACAUAGUCAUAGUUCUGGAUGGGUCUAAUUCUAUAUAUCCCUGGUAUGAAGUGCAGGCCUUUCUUAUCAACAUUCUACAGAAGUUUUACAUUGGACCAGGCCAGAUACAGGUUGGAGUGGUGCAGUAUGGCGAGAAGGUGGUUCAUGAAUUCCAACUGAGUGACUACAAAUCAGUGGAGGAAGUGGUAAAGAGAGCCCGCAGCAUCGACCAGCGUGGCGGAGAGGAGACCAACACGGCCCUCGGAAUCAAUGUGGCACGAUCACAGGCAUUCAAGCGAGGUGGCCGACGAGGUGCAAAGAAAGUCAUGAUAGUGAUAACAGACGGCGAGUCACAUGAUAGUCCGGACCUCCAACAAGCUAUUGAGGACAGCGAGAAGGAUGGCAUCACCCGCUAUGCCAUUGCUGUCCUAGGCUACUACAAUCGCCGUGGGAUCAAUCCAGAGGCUUUCCUGAAUGAAAUCAAGUACAUUGCCAGUGACCCAGAUGACAAGCAUUUUUUUAAUGUAACAGACGAGUCUGCUUUAAAGGAUAUCGUGGAUGCACUAGGAGACAGAAUCUUCAGUUUGGAAGGAACCAGUAAAAAUGGGACAGCUUUUGGUCUCCAGAUGUCACAGGCUGGCUUCUCCUCCCACAUCGUGGAGGAUGGGAUACUAGUGGGUGCCCCGGGAGCCUAUGACUGGAAUGGGGCAGUACUGAAAGAGACCCGACAGGGAAAAGUCAUCCCACCCAAGUCCUCCUAUGCACAAGAGUUCCCUGAGGAGCUCAAAAACCACGGCGCCUACCUAGGUUACACAGUGACAUCAGUGGUGUCGGCCAGGAACGGUCAUCUGUUUGUGGCCGGGGCACCACGGUUCAACCACACGGGAAAGGUUAUCAUCUUCACCCUCAAAAACACUGGCGAGCUUACUAUUCUACACGCUCUAAAGGGACAACAGAUUGGCUCGUACUACGGGAGUGAGAUAGCUCCAGUGGACAUAGAUGGAGACGGAGUGACCGACAACCUCCUGGUGGCAGCACCCAUGUUUUUCAGUGGAGGACUGGAGAAGGGCAAGGUGUACAUCUACAGAGUCACGGAACUGAAUCGCUUCAUCUUAGAAGGAGCACUUGAGAUACAGAACGGGGGGCAGAAUGCUCGCUUUGGCUCCUCAAUAGCCCCAGUCCCUGACUUGAAUGGUGACGGUUUCAAUGACGUGGUGGUGGGAGCGCCGCUAGAGGACAACCACCGCGGGGCCAUAUAUGUCUUCUUCAGCCAGCACAACAGAAUACUGCGCAAAUACAAACAGAGGAUAGCUGCAGUAGACUUGCUUCCUGGCUUGCAGUACUUUGGCCUUAGUAUCCAUGGUAAGAUGGACAUGAAUGAUGAUGGCCUGGUGGACCUGGCAGUGGGCUCACUGGGUGCAGCAGUGCUUCUCUGGUCACGUACGGUUGUCCGUAUUCACGCAAGCAUCAGGUUUGAACCAAGCAAGAUAAACAUUUUCGUAAAAGACUGUCGCAGAGGGGGCCGGGAUGUAACCUGCAUGUCAGCUAUCGUGUGUCUGAAUGUCACGGCCAGGACAGCCGUUCCUCCAGAAGAGGACGUUUUCAUCAAGUACAAUGCCUCCAUUGCUGAGCGUCGCUUCAAACCCAGAGCAAUUAUGGACAACACUGACAAAAUGCAGCCCCAAAACCUGACCUUACUUGCUGGAGAACAGACCUGUGAACACAUCUACUUUCAUGUCAUGGAGACCACAGACUAUGUAAGGCCCAUUUUAUUUACUGUGGAUGUGGGACUACAGGAUCCUGUCAAGGGACCCAUGCUGGAUGAAGGAUGGCCAACAACUGUGAGCACUGAGCUGCCCUUCUGGAAUGGUUGUGACGAGGAUGACCACUGUGCACCAGACUUGGUCUUGCAGAGCAACACUGACCUGCUCACACAAACACAGUUCUGUGGACAGGCUAUACACUCCAGGAGUGUGUUUUGCCGGAGCAAAGGCAAAAGAGAGAUGCGAGUGAUAGAAGGAUUCAGAAGAAGGAUGGUAGUGGACGUUCGUUUGGAGAACAAAGGAGAGAAUGCCUACAGCACCCGUCUCAAUAUUACCUACACUUCCAACCUACACUUCUCCAGCCUCAUAGUCAAGGACAAUUCGGACAUCAAGAUAGAGUGCCGAAGUGAGGACAGACUAAGAAAUGAGAAGACCUGCAACGUUAGCGCACCCUUUAUGAGGGCAAUGGCUCAGGUAUCUUUUCGUCUGGAGUUUGAAUUCAGCCGCUUAGUAUUCCUGGACCAUCUACGGGUCAUUCUGGAUGCCAGCAGCGAUGGAGAGGAGAUGAGCUCAGAUAACAAUUUCAAUGACAUUUACCACCCACUGAAAUAUGAGGCUGACCUCCUAUUCACAAGGGAUUCAGACCCCUCCCGCUAUGAGAUCAGAGCAGACAUCUCUCUUGAGAAACCUGGGGACAUGGGGCCUGCAUUCAACUUUACUUUCCAGAUCCAGAAUCUAGGCUUUUUCCCGGUGAAGGACUUGCAGUUGAAUAUCGAGAUUCCUGAAAUGACUACAAAUGGGAACCAGCUCUUGAAGAUAUCAGACUUCCAUAUAGACCAGACAGAUGGUAGUCACUGUAUCCCUCCUCAACACUUGGCACAGAGCAGGGCCUCACCUGAGGAUCUGUCUCGCUUCUCACGCCUGAACAGCUCAAAUACCCUGACUCUACCUGUCCAAUGCACUGUCAACAUGGCUGUCUACAGGGACGUGAGUGUGAGAAUCAAAGGGGCACUGAGGAUAGAUGCGCUGCAUGCUUUGAAGUUCAAGAUCCUGGAGCUAGUGACAAGUGCCUCAAUAGAGCUGCCCACAUCCAGUCCUAUGUUUUUACAUGAAGAAAAGCCUGUUCGAAAUAUAAUCCUUGAGAUUAGAAAAGAGGAGGACUAUAGAAUCCCAAUUUGGAUUGUAAUAGGGAGUUCAUUGGGAGGACUCUUGCUUCUAGCCCUGUUAAGUCUAGGUCUAUGGAAGCUUGGCUUUUUCCAGAGGCAAAAGAGGAAGGAUAAGGAAGAGCAGGAGCAGGCCAACAGGAAGGUGGCUGAGGAACGAUAAUGCUGGAUUGGGGUCAGGAUACACACACCUAUACAGGGGAUCCAACACUCAGGGACUGUCCCUCCCGACUCCUAAAGCAACCGUGGUGCAGUCCAGACAGCAGGCAGUCCACAAGACUGCCAGGCAAGAUCUGUUCAGUACACUGGAAUGGAUGGCCUGUCUCUUAUACACUCCCCUGGAAUGACCCAUGAACGUAUGAGUCAUCACUGUCACACCUACAGCCAUGUACUGUUAAGACUACUGGGCCCUCUCCUGUCCUACUGGGCCCUCACCUGUCCUACUGGGCCCUCACCUGUCCUACUGGGCCCUCACCUGUCCUACUGGGCCCUCACCUGUCCUGCCGUUCAUUUCCUAAUGCUCUAUUACCGUCUGCUAUCCUUCGAUAACUUACAGGAAAGCUAAAAUGUUGACAUUAUAGAUGAAAGAUGGAGCCAGAUGUGGCUUGACUACUCAUUCCUGGAUACUUAAAAGAAUACAGGGUUUGGCUUUCCAUCAGACAAAAUGAUUUGAGCUGUGUUUCAUUAGCUUUAGAUGUAUUUAACUUUUAUACGUUUUAUUUUGAAAGACAUAAGAAACCUCAAGGUGGUGCGUCAGCUGAUGUCUGACAUGUUGGGCAACUGUACCGUCUAGUCUGAAAAUACGUGUGUGAGAAAGAAUGAAGGAAGAAGCUAUGAUAUGAGCUACGCAAAAAAUAUCCACCACCAAUAAUUUUCAAUAUUUACAUAUUUUUCUGGAGAUUAUCUACAUUGAAGAAAUAUGGAGAUUUUGGAAAUCCCUUUUUUUUUUUAUCUCCCCGUGCAGCAUCUACAUUCUUGGAAAAUAAACUGAACAAUAAAAAAAUAUGAUGCACUUUGACAUUGAAGAAAUACAAACUUGAAUGUUGUUUGUGAAUAGUCAAGUAACUCAAGUCUAACAACAUUGCGGCAUCACUAACUUUAAAUGGCUAACUUGAGCUCAGUGCAGGGUUAAAAACUCAAACUUAAAGGACAGAUGACUCCCGUCUGCAGACAUGCUUUGCACCACAACAAAUAGACUUUUUUAAAGGAUAUGCUUAGAUUUAAGCAUUGCCAGCAACAAACAAGCAAUUAUUUCAUGUGCUGUUGAAGUAGACCAUGUACAUUAUCUCAUGAAGUUUGGAUCAUUAAUGUUAUUAGCGCUUUUGUGUUUUUUCAAAGAUUUUUUUCUCCAUGAAUGUCAGUGUCAUACACGGCUUUGAGGUGUAAAAAGUUGUAACGCAUCUGGAAUAAAACAUGUUAAAUGUG